AUGGCUGGGGGUGCACUGUGGGUGUGCAUGGUGGCAGGUCUGCUCCUGCACGCGGGUGGGCUGGCACGUGGCGACUGCUGGCUCAUCGAGGGCGACAAGGGCUUUGUGUGGCUGGCCAUCUGCAGCCAGAACCAGCCCCCAUACGAGGCCAUCCCGCAGCAGAUCAACAACACCAUCGUUGACCUGCGGCUCAAUGAGAACCGGAUCCGCAGCGUGCAGUAUGCCGCCCUCAGCCGCUUUGGCAACCUCACGUACCUCAACCUCACCAAGAACGAGAUCGGCUACAUCGAGGACGGCGCCUUCUCUGGCCAGUUCAACCUGCAAGUGCUGCAGCUGGGCUACAACCGGCUCCGCAACCUGACGGAGGGCGUCCUGCGCGGCCUGGGCAAGCUGGAGUACCUGUACCUGCAAGCCAACCUCAUCGAGGUGGUCACGCCCAGCGCCUUCUGGGAGUGCCCCAACAUCGUCAACAUUGACCUGUCCAUGAACCGCAUCCAGCGGCUGCACAGCGCCACCUUCGCUGGCCUGGCCAAGCUGUCGGUGUGUGAGCUGUACAGCAACCCGUUCUACUGCUCCUGCGAGCUCCUGGGCUUCCUGCGCUGGCUGGCUGCCUUCACCAACGCCACCCACACCUACGACCGCGUGCAGUGCGAGUCCCCGCCGCUCUACUCCGGCUACUACCUCCUGGGCCAGGGCCGCCACGGCCACCGCAGCAUCCUGGCCAAGCUGCAGUCCGUGUGCACUGACGGCUCGUACACGGCCGAGGCCAGCGCUCCCCUGCCCGGGCCGCGCCGCUCACCGCCGCCGCCGCCCCCGCCGCCAGAGCCCAGUGACGCCGCCUGCUCGGAGGAGGAGUGCUUCUCUGGGGACGGCACCACGCCGCUGGUGGCCCUGCCCACGCUGGCCACGCAGGCUGAGGCGCGGCCCCUCAUCAAGGUCAAGCAGCUGACCCAGAACUCAGCCACCAUCACGGUGCAGCUGCCCAGUCCGUUCACGCGCAUGUACACGCUGGAGCAGUUCAACAACAGCCAGCCGGCCACCGUGUCCCGGCUGACCAAGGCCCAGGAGGAGAUCCACCUGCCCAACCUCUACACGCGCACCAACUACACCUACUGCGUGGUGUCCACCAGCUCGGGCCUGCGCCACAACCACACCUGCCUCACCAUCGGCCUGCCCAAGCCGCCCAGCCCGCCCAGCCCGCUGCCCAGCCCGUCCACCGCCACCCACUACAUCAUGACCACGCUGGGCUGCCUCUUUGGCAUGGUGCUGGUGCUGGGAGCCGUGUACUACGGCCUGCGCAAGCGCCGGCGCCGCGAGGAGAAGCACAAGAAGGCGGCGGCGGCAGCCGGCAGCCUCAAGAAGACCAUCAUCGAGCUCAAGUAUGGCCCCGAGAUGGAGGCGCCCGGCCUGCCCCCGCUGCCCCAGGGCUCGCUGCUGGGCCCCGAGGGCGUCACCCGCAUCCCCUACCUGCCCGCAGCCGCCGCGGCCAGCGAGGUGGAGCAGUACAAGCUGGUGGAGGGCGGAGAGACGCCCAAAGCCACGAAGGGGAACUACAUCGAGGUGCGCACGGCCGAGCAGGCCGAGCGGCGCGACUGUGAGCUGGGCGCGCCCGGGCCGGACAGCCAGGGCUCCGCCAACGAGAUCUCCACCAUCGCCAAGGAGGUAGACAAGGUCAACCAGAUCAUCAACAACUGCAUCGACGCACUCAAGUCCGAGUCCACCUCCUUCCAAGCGCUCAAGGCCGGCGCCGUGGCCACGGCAGAGCCGCAGCUGGUGCUGCUGUCCGAGCCGCUGUCCGGCAAGCACAGCUUCCUGUCCCCCGUGUACAAGGACUCGCUGGCACGCGGGCUGCAGCGGCACCACAGCGUGGAGGCCGCCUCCUCGGCCGGCGCCGCCGUGCGCAGCCCGCGCGCCUUCCGCGCCGAGGCCCCGGCCGAGGCCAAGUACAUCGAGAAGACUUCGCCAACAGCCGACGCCAUCCUCACUGUGACCCCCGCCGCCGCCAUCCUGCGCGCCGAGGCCGAGAAGCUGCGGCAGUACGCCGAGCACCGGCACUCGUACCCCGGCUCCCACCCCGCCGAGCAGCCCGCGCCGCCGCCGCCACCGCCCCACGAGGGCCUGGGCGCGCGCAAGGUCUCCAUCCUGGAGCCGCUGGCCCGUGCGCGCGCGCGCGAGCUCGCCUACUCCCAGCUGUCUCCGCAGUACCACAACCUGAGCUACUCGUCCAGCCCCGAGUACACCUGCAGGGCCUCCCAGAGCAUCUGGGAGCGCUUCAGACUGAGCCGGCGGCGCCCCAAGGAUGACGAGGAGUUCAUGGCGGCCGGCCACGCCCUGCGCAAGAAGGUCCAGUUCGCCAAGGACGAAGACCUGCACGACAUCCUGGACUACUGGAAAGGCGUGUCGGCCCAGCACAAGUCCUGA